AUAUACAAAUUCAUUGGCUCGAGCAAGGUUAUAAUCGUAAACGAAAACGAACGAAAUAACGAAAACUAGGUGUGAAAAAACAUGGUUGUUAACUGAAAUCGAAAUAAAAACGAUAACUAACUAAAACUAAACUGUCUGCUUUCAAAAGUAACUAAAAUAAAAAUACAAUUAUAGAGUAAAUGUCCUUAGUUUUCGUCUUUGUCGAUGUCUUCCAUGGAGCAAAUAUCUUUCAGAGUUGACAUUUCCGACUGGGAACCCGGAAAUUACGAAAUUUCAUAUCAAAUUGAACGCUGCAUAGUCCAUGCUCCUUGCCUGGCAUCAUGGCGGUACCAGAAAUCGGAAGAAAGCGACUAUUUGGGAUUAUUUUGAAUAUGACUGUGUGUCAGAUAAAAGCAAGUGCCUUGCAGUGGAAGGUGGUGAAAUAUGUGGACAAUUUAUUAAAGGGAAAACCCCCACGAAUUUGAAAGUACAUUUGAGAAGCACGCACAAGGAGGCUAGCCUAGCUUAGCUUAAUAAGGUAAAGGAGAACGCCACGCCCCCCUCCCCCGAAACAGAAGCUAACCACGGUACAGGGCUAGGCAGCGUGAUGGAGACAACCGGUUAGUAAAUACACAGGAACAUCACAAGUGGGAGGAAGCGCUGGUUCAUAUGUUUAUUGAUACUGGGAUGUCUACACAACUGUGGAGAGGCUAUGACUUGGUACUAAAGGAGAUUUUGAGGGCUGAAAUCAUGCCUAUUGUGGAAGAAUUUGACCAGAAUAUGAAUGAUGACACAGUGUAUGAAGAAAGGUUACAAGCUGCUGCAGACACUUUUAUCAUAAUGGCUUCCGGUCUGCCUAGAGCUUCCGGAUGUUUCCCCCCUUGUGGUUUUCAGGCUCAGGGCACUGUUUAUAACUGCAUGACUUGUCAGUAUGACUCCUGUGAAUUUCCCCUGGAUUGCCCAUUGCAAGAAAUCACUGUGGAGGAAAACAACAGAACUCAGAUUUGGUGUCAUGUGCCAUUUGUUUUACCAAGUGACAUACAGAUAGUUUGGAGGUAUGCAGAGAUCAAGACACUGUUGGUGGAUCAAUUUGAGGAGGUGACCGUUGGCAUGGAUAAGCUAUUCUCCAUACCCUCGGCCCGACUGGAGCACUCGGGCACAUAUCAGUGUGAGAUCUUUUCUCAGGAGCGUUCACUGGUCCGCAUCUACUAUCAUCUUACAGUUGUUCCUAAUGAGGUAGUUGGUCAUGCAGAACUGCAGGAUGUGUUUGAUAAGGCUCUCCUACCUGCUGGAAAGUUUCAAAUUUUGCCCUCUAUACCUCCAUUUUCACUGCUGAGGCUGCCUAGUCCAGAACUUCUCACCGUCUGUCUGACAUCACUGCUUUUGCUGCUCUUCCUCACUCUAGGGUUGCUGCUGAGGUGGUCUUCUAAGAAAAUGGACAGUGAACCAGAUCAAACACCUGAACCACACUGGAAUAGAUAUGCAUUUCAAAUCAUAGAACUAGAAGAAGUUACAGAAAAUACUAUUGAAAUGGCCUGUAAUAGUUUUAGUUCACCACUAGAGGAUGUUAAAACCACGUGCCUAAUGUAGGAUUGGCUUCUGACAUAUCUGAUAAUAAUCUGAAUCUAAAUUUAGUGACAAAUUAAUCUUCUUAUCUAAUUUGUACCAUUUUGCAAAAUGAGCCAUAUUAAAUCCAAAGAGUUCUUCAUUACCUUUUGUUUGCGAGUGAAAUUACCUACAGUGCGCACUCAGGAAAAAAAGUUCCUUGUCCUCAGGUGCUACUUUCAUCUUUUGUACCUUUUAUCUUUUAAUAUGUAAUAUGUGUCCAUGAAAUCCAGUGAAGCUGGUUGAGAUCUACUAUAUCAAACUUUUAUUCAUAUAUCAAUAUAGCAAACAUUUAUUCAUAUAUAGAAAACUCUGUAGAACUGUGCUAAUUUUUAAAUUAAAUCUUCAUGUUUUUGCUUGUGAACCUAUAUGAAUGUGAUUUCUAGAAACCCAGAGAAGCUGAAUAAAUGAAAUUUGUGUCAAUGAU